AUGCCUCAUGUUAUGCUAAACGAGAUCAAUAAACUAUCAAUGCUGCGAGCAUUGGAAAGCGGUCGUUAUCUCAGUAUGAGUUUUCGCUCAUGGGAUCUAUACGAGUAUCCUCUGUUACAGAGUACGAUGAAGCAUUCAUGGACUGCCAAAACGGCGACUCAACUCGAGAAGCCACGUUACGUUAUUUUUGCUCUUCAGACCGGUCGAAAGAAUAUCAUGUCUCAAGAUGCAAGCGUGUUUGAUGAUUGUAAAUUGAGUAAUGUGAAGCUUUAUCUCAAUUCAGAGUUUUAUCCGUACGGUGAUUUGUAUCUCGAUUUCGACCAAAAGAGAUACGCUCUCCUGUUUGAUAUGUACGCACGUUUUCGUAAAGCAUAUUACGGAAUCGACUGCUUUGAAACGCUGCUCAAUGUACUCUCGUUUAUCGAGAAAGGACCGUUUACGGUCAUUGACUGCUCGCGACAAAACGAAUCCGUCAAGAGCGCUACCGUGGAUGUGCGAAUAGAGUUUGACUGCAAGAAGAAUGUACCCGUCAAUACUGCCGCCUAUUGCCUCAUCAUACAUGAUCGUGUUAUCGAAUACUGCCCGCUGUCCAACGUAGUGCGCAAGAUUAUGUAA